CGCUGGUUUCCCGUGUCAGAUACUCGUGUAUCUUCCACUUCCUUGUACAUUCUAUAAUUUGAGGAAGUGUUUGCGAAACCACACUGAUGAACUCGAUGCUAAAUGUGUGCAGAGCAAAGCAAGGUUCAUUUCAGCCGGCAGACAUUUGCACUAAGACACAUUUCGUUAGCAUUAUGCGACAGGGUCGGAUUUGCUCAUGCUGUAGAGUGGGAUCCUUCAUGGCCGGCUGAUCGAUACGAUGUUGUAAGCUCGCUUCGUCAGCAUGGACCAAAGACUCGCUGUGUUGAUGUGUGGACUGAUGUGCUUUGGAAUAGAGGCUCAAGAUGCGCCAAAAAUUGAGCCUUGUUUUGAUCCAAUUACAGUGGCUUUACGGAGGGACGUCCUGAGGUUUCAUUUCACCAUAUUUGUCCCGAAGAACCAAAGUUUGGAAUUGUUUCAAUGCAGUCAUACUAAGAGCGGCAAGAAGAUACUCAAGCACAGAUCAGAAAUCCUCACCGAUACAGACAAAUUCGUUAACAUUGUGAUAUUACCCAUCAACAACAGUUCCGAUUCAGGAGAAUACUUCUGCUCUUACAAAAACACAUAUGUGUAUUGGAUGGUUCUGGUGAGAGAUGAAGGGUAUCGGGAACCAGAUCCGGAUAAUUCCGUGUUCAUUUGCAUUGGAAGUCUCGCUGCAGGACUUUUUCUGUUCAGCGUCAUUGGUUCGACAGUCCUCUGUAAGGAUUAUAGGUGUUGUCCAAAGGAUUCUGAGAAUAAUGAAGAGGGAAUGGAAGGAAACAGAAAAGUAAAGGAUGAAAGUAUUGAGGACUCUGCAAAUGAUGGAUCUGUAUAUAUGGGUCUUCAGCCCUCCACAUCCUCAAUUUACAACGUCAUCGGUUCAGUCUCCCCGGCUAAGGAGACGAAACAGAAAAAAGAGGCGCAGAGUGCAACCAAAGAGACAAGCAAGAUGCAGAAAACACAAAAGGAAGAAGAUAUCAUUGAAUCUGUCUAUGAAAAUUAUUAAGUCUAUGUUUCCUUUUGUUGUUCCCGCUCGUCUGCUUUGCUCCCUAACACUCUCUUCAGUGUAAUUGGUGUCCCUAAAUCUCAGCUGCUCGUUCGGUCUUUUCGCCUCAAUAAAUAUUUUAAAUAACU